CAGGGGAGAUGUAACAAUGGCCUUGUUCAGAGGGCAGCUUCACCACAACCUGCCUGUCCCUUCACAAGAGGCCAUCAUAGCACCAGGCCAGAGCACAGCAAUUGUCAAUGAACAACGAAUGGCCCAGCACAGACAAGAGGAGGCUUGUGGUAGAUAAAGAAAGAGCACCCACCAGCUUAAAUGUCUGCUUAUUCGAUCACUGGUGUACAACUACCUCCUCUGAGCCUAUCUUCAAGUUUAACCUUUAGUCAAGUGCUCCCUAAGUCCAGAGAGAAAAAAAUUUCAUCCCGUGACUGAAGAUAACUCCCAAGGGAACAGAAGCCUCUAGAAAAGAAGGAAAGUGGAUCAGGAGCAGACAUGGUAGGCCACCAGGAACGCACCGUGAAGGAAGACACCGGGGACAAUUGCACUUCCAGAUUCAGGCACAAGACCCUGACUGCACCAGCCCCAUUUGCAGAUGAAACCAGCUGCCAGUGCCAAGCACCCCAUGAGAAACUGACCAUUGCUCAGGCCCGCUUAGGAACACCAGUUGACAGGCCAGUCAGAGUAUAUGCUGAUGGGAUAUUUGACCUCUUCCACUCAGGUCAUGCAAGGGCUCUUAUGCAAGCAAAAACACUGUUUCCCAACAGCUACUUGUUGGUAGGAGUUUGCAGUGAUGACCUCACCCACAAAUUCAAAGGUUUCACUGUGAUGAAUGAAGCUGAGCGAUACGAAGCUCUCAGACACUGUCGCUAUGUUGAUGAAGUCAUCAGGGAUGCUCCGUGGACACUGACGCCAGAGUUUCUGGAAAAACACAAGAUCGACUUCGUGGCUCAUGAUGACAUCCCCUAUUCCUCAGCUGGCUCUGAUGACGUAUACAAGCAUAUAAAGGAAGCAGGAAUGUUUGUUCCAACUCAAAGAACAGAAGGCAUCUCAACAUCUGACAUCAUUACCAGAAUCGUCCGUGACUAUGAUGUUUAUGCUCGACGUAACCUCCAGAGAGGGUACACAGCCAAGGAACUGAAUGUCAGCUUCAUAAACGAAAAGAAGUACCGCUUCCAAAACCAGGUGGACAAGAUGAAGGAAAAGGUCAAGAAUGUGGAAGAAAGAUCAAAGGAAUUUGUUAACAGAGUGGAAGAAAAGAGUCAUGAUCUAAUUCAGAAAUGGGAAGAAAAAUCGAGGGAAUUCAUUGGCAACUUUCUAGAACUGUUUGGGCCUGAUGGAGCUUGGAAACAGAUGUUCCAGGAGAGGAGCAGCCGAAUGCUGCAGGCCUUGUCCCCGAAGCAAAGCCCUGUGAGCAGUCCCACCAGGAGCCGGUCCCCUUCCCGCUCCCCGUCGCCCACCUUCUCAUGGCUCCCAAUCAAAACCUCACCCCCCUCUUCACCGAAAGCAGCCUCAGCCUCCAUCAGCAGCAUGAGUGAGGGGGAUGAGGAUGAAAAGUAAAGGUUGCUGGUAGAUGACAGGAGCCACACCACACAGGCUGGGGAAGAGGGGAGGGCGAGCAGGGACGCCUGGGUGGUGUUUGGAGGGUCAUAGUCACAAGGAGCGUCAACUCAGCAGGGAGACCGUGAGCUCUAAGGGAAGGCCUUGGGACCAGCUCUCCCUCAGUCUCCACUCAGCCCAAGACUUAAGCUCUGCAUGGAGCUUUCCAGCCGGACAACCUAUACAAACCUUCUUAGCAUCAUCUAGAAUCACUCUAACCUUGCUAAGGAAAGAAGAACACCCCUGAGAGACUUGCAAUGAGGGGAACACCUUCUUCUUUGGUCCUUACACCCACCCCCAUCAAGUACAUCUCCUGUGGAAACAGCUCUUCCCUCAACCUGCUACUUCCGGCUCUGUAAGGGUCCUGCGCAUUAUCUCCUACCACCCAAGCUCUGCCAGAAUAAAGUUGUUUCCAAUAGAGGUGGCCAAGUGCUUCUGAAAUAGUCAAGUUAAAGACGAAAUCCAACCUUCUCAGUUCAGCCACUGAGACCCAAUGUUGCAGCGCAUCAAUUUUUCCAGUUACAGGAAUAUGGUGCAUAGACAAAGCCUUGCUUUAGGCCAGAUAUAUAAAAGUUCAUCCUGUGUGAACCUUAACUUCUCAUUCAAGGACAGAUCUGUCAAGGAGAAUGGCACAUAUAGCCCCACGUGCUCCUGGUUGUACUUCUUCCAUCAUUGGUUGACUCCAUUGUUUUCCAGAAAUUACCUUAAUCUAUGGGACAUGCAACAAAGAAAAACCCUAUAGAUAUAAAAACAGGAGUGGCAUUGUUUUAACUCCAAGUUAAGCAGAUGGCAAAUGUCUCCUGAAGCUUCUCCUUACAGAUGCUCUUACAGAAUGGCUUCUCCCAUCCAUCUCUGACCAGUUAACAUUUCGUAGACCUCAAGUAACAGUUUGAUGUCCCAACCCACAUAGUGUACCAAUAGGGGGUGCUACCUGCACGUGUCUGUUCUAUGUUGCCCCAAAUAUGCCAUCCAGGGUGUCUACCAUAUGCAAUACAAAUAUGUGGAGGUGGCAUUUUAUAAUCUAUUCCUCCUGCUCUCACCCUAAUACCCCGCUGAAAUCCUUGGUCUAAAGAACUAUCUUGUUCCCUUGUGACUUGGGCAUUUUGUCAAGAACUCAUCUUGGAUUCCGUAGAAUUGUCUUGUCCCAACCCAGAAAUUAAUAUGUUGUUUUCAGGGUCUUCCUAUGUAUGGGUGCAAGGAGGCUCCAAAGAGAUUUCCAGAGCACUGUGCAAACCCCAGCUCUGAUGUUCGCAUCUGAUUGGUCUAAGUGGAUUGUAGUUCUCCACCCGCACCGCCGUAGGUCUGCCAAGUGGCAUGCAGAUCAAGCAUUCCUGCUCAGUUAUUUGAAGUUACUAUGCCCUAUUCAGUUAGAAAACAGGCAGGUGGAGUCAGGGUGUUGAACCACACUCCUGGGUAAAAGCAGCAUUGCCUGGUUGUCUCUGUAAGGCCAGAGGCCUGACUGAACAGAGGCUCAAUCCAGAAAUUUGUGGGCAGAGCCCAGCAUCUGUGACAGAAGCACCCCUUUUCAGAGACCUUGGGAAGCUGCCUUCUGAAUAACAAGUGGGGCAACCCAUGAAGGCAGGUGAUGUCUUUCCCCGCCUUGUGUUGGGGUUGACCUCCCUCUCUGCCCAGCUGGAGAUGAGUGGUGUUUUGGGAAGCAUAACCAUGAAGCCCUUAGCUGGCAUGGAACCCCUUGUUCUGGCACUUUCUCCAGAAUUCUGCUGAGCACCUCUGUGGGGCAGAGAGCUGGCAGCAACACCAUGUGGGAGAAAUUUGGUGGACAAGGCUGGGAGCAUUGCUCCUGAGAGAGCACAGGCCCCAUUUCUUCCCUGGUGCCCACUUGGUCUCCAUCAGGUAGCCAGGGCAUUCAGGGCACUUAUGCCAGCAUUGCAGUUGGCUGACAACUUGUAGCUGGGCAAGGCAGGGUUGUGAGACAGGGAAGAAAAGAGGUGCUUGAAGUGAAGAAAGGAGGUUCAAGAAAAUCUACUUUCUCAAGGCAUUUCAGGGCCUUACUCUCUGUAGGGGAACUGUUGGGAAGGCCUCACUUACUCCAUGUGCUUACUCCAUGGCCUGGCCCAGAUCACCUUUACCUGAUCCACUCUGGAUCAAAUGAUGUGGGGUUACUGUCUAAGGCUGAUAAGUUUGCAGGCCUUAUACUCUACACUGACAGGUGCCACUUCCAUGAUGCCUCAGAUCAGUGCCACCAUAGCUACCGAGGAUGGGGAAUGACCAUGUCUGGAAUAUUCCAGGGAUGAGCCAAAAGAAUCCUCGGCUAGGACGGAAAUCUUACCUAUGUUCCUUCCGCCCCCUAACCAUGCCUCCCUACCUUGCUAAAACUAGAGAACUUCCGAGAAGGAAUGAGGGGAUUCUGCAACCCACUUUUUGGUGCAUCCUGGCUGUUGCUGUCGCCCUGUCUUCCCUCCCACCUCCAGGAAGAGACGGGGUUGCUCUGGGCCACACAGUUGCCUGGGUCAAGAGCGAGUUCACUAAGGCUGAAGUAAGUGAGAGAUGCACCAAGUGCUUUAAGAGAUCGGAGAGGUGAGCAGGUAAAAAGCAAGGCAGGAUUCUCAGCCCUGCAAGGGGAAGAAAGCCGCUUGGAGCCCGGCAGAGGGCUGCUUAUGAAGGGGGAUGAAAAUGGUCCAGACGGAUGGGAGUUACCUUCCCAGGGGCAGGAAAGCAGGCUUCCUUCCAGGCACACAAGGCGAGAAGGCACCAUGCAGCCUGUCAGGUCCCUGUCAGUUCCCUCUUCUCCCUUAGCCACCAGGCCCCCCGGGGAUGCGGCCAUCAGCCGCCACCCUCCCACCAGCUCGGACGCGGGCGUUGAGACCGCGCAGUCAGGCCGACAGGGCGGCUCCUGGCCCGCCGGCCUCUGCGUGCCAGCUCGGACGGGCAGAGGACUGCAAGAACAACGACCCUGAGGCCCAGGCCUGCCUUUGA